GUCCAGAUAACAGACUAAUAGUUUUUACCUUUUCCGUUUUUCUAAAUUGUCGACAUGGAAAAUUACGUGAAAGGAGUUAAUAAAGAUCCAGAAAUGGACCUUUCUGAAUUACCUUUCAAUCAUUUGCACCCUGGCGUAGUUUGGAUGAAAGUAAGGCCAGGGAGUAAGAUGACCAACCUCAUUGAAUAUGCCUUAAAAUCUAUUGAGGAGAGUAGAAGCCAAGUAUGGACAGGAGUGGGACCUGCAAUUGGGAAAUGUAUUAGUUGUGUGGAAAUCAUGAAAAGAAAAAUCCCAAAUUUGCAUCAGAUUACUAAAAUUUCAUACCAUAAAUGUGAAGAGUAUUGGAACCCCAAGAACGAUGAACUUGAUCAAAUCAGAAUUGUUCGCAAUAUUCCAGUUUUGCAUGUAUUGCUGUCAUCUGAUCCAUUGGAUUCUACUGUGCCAGGAUAUCAGUUUUCCCAGCCAUCUCAGAAUUCUACUUUGCGGCAUGUAAAGAAAACAACUACAAAACGGAAACUGAAAAACAAACAGGAAACAAAUGCACCAUAACGAAAAAAAAUCUGGAAAUAAACUAUUACCAAGUACACAUUC